UUGGCAAGCAGCCAUCACCAAGAGGAAAUCCGGGGGAUCGUACAGUACAGGGCGCAUUCGUUCGUCCAUCAUCCGCCAGCCCAGCAAGACAGUCCCCGGCUGCUGUCAAUUACGACCUACGUCACUUUAUAUAAGUGGGAACCAGAGCCAUGGUCUCGCGUGUCAUCGUAACAGGCGACGCCAACAACAGGGCCGUACAAACCAUCCCCACUGGGAUCGUACGCCUCCCCAAUGGGAUUGGGCUCCCUUGGUGCCCCAACUGCCACCAGGAAUUCCCCAUUCCAACGCAGAGCUGUGUCCCCAGUGUCCCCGUCCCCACUCCGACAAGCAGCGACAUCUCCAUUGGCGACACCGCCUGUCAAGCAACAGCAACAAUCGGGUCUGCCAGGGGGAGCCAGUGUAAGCGAGUUGACGUCUCGGUUCGCCAAUAACAUUGCCAGCAGCAGCGGCCCGCCGACCACGCCCGGAGCUGGACUUGGAGGAGCUGGACCUGGACUUGAAGCUACACCGACCAGCCAGACCCAGUCCCAGGCCAGCUGGACACCUAGAGCUUCGGCAUCGGCACCGACCGUAGUCAACCCGCCGCCGCCUAACCCAAUGUUUCUUAACGGCGACGCGCCGCCGCCGCGGCCUCCCCAGCAUCGCAUUUCCCCCUUGCCUUCGCCCUCGAUACCACGAACGACUACCUCCGCCUCUACCAUGAGCAUGGGAACCGGAGGCAAUGCCAUGUCCCAGCUGCAGCCCUCGCAGGUACGCACCCUGCGGGAGGGCUUCCAGAUCCUGGACCGCGACAGCGACGGUGUGGUGGUCAGGGAGGAUGUCAUCGACAUGCUGAACCAACUGGGUCUACCCAACAACGCCUCCGACGUCUCCCAAUUCUUCCCUCCCAACGGCCCCCAAUCCAUGACCAUGGCCGUCUUCCUCAACUCCAUCGCCACCGCUCUCUCCAGCCUCUCUCCCAGCGGCGAGCUUCUUUCCGCCUUCUCAGCCUUUGACGACGACGACAGCGGCCAGAUCGACGUGGCCGAACUGCGAGACGCUCUGCUCAACACGGCGCCCGAACCAGGCGAGAGGCCGCUAACGUCGCUCGAAGUCGACAAGGUCAUGGCCGGAUUCACGGGUCGCAGGGCGUUUGCGCAGAACAACCAGAGGACGACUGGACUGGGAGGAGUAGGCGGGGGAGGCGCGAACAAGCGUGGGGAGGUGUUCAGAUACCAGGAGUUUGUCAAGAUGAUUCAGGGGACGGGGAAUGGUGGUGAGCAGGGUUCCGAGGACUCGGGACGUAGUUGAAUGAUGAAUCAGGAGGGAGAACGUGGUGUCAAGACUACCGUGAUAAUGGGAUGAUGGAUGGAAGGCUAGCGCGAUGGGAUAUCAAAAAGGGAUACGGAACCGGGAAACUGUAAUUACACCGGGUGAUGGGUGAUUAUGAUGACGACGAUGACGAUGGGCUAAUAAGUCUGGUUUAUUAUUGCGGGCUGGGCUUUGUAAUAGUGGGUUUGAUGA